AUGAAUGCCGAUGUCCGUGCCUGGGCGCGCGCCUGCCUUGCCUGCCAGCGGUCCAAAAUCGACUGCCACACCAUCUCGCCUUCAUCGCGGUUCGUUCCGCCAGAUGCUCGUCUCGACCAGGUGCACACCGACUUGGUCGGCCCGCUUCCUCCGGCCAACAGCUCCCUCGGAACCCAUCACAUCCAAACCACGGCCUACCAUCCGGCUGCCAACGGCCUGGUCGAGCGCCUUCAUCGGCAGCUCAAGGUUUCCCUCUAUGCCACUGACCACGCCGACACAACAUGGCCCGAGCGUCUUCCCUUCGUCCUGCUUGGCUUUCGCGCCGCGAUCCAGCAGGACAACUGCAGCGUGGCCCACAUGGUCUACGGCUGCCCGCUCCGCCUUCCCAGAGCAUUCUUCACCCCCUCGGCUCCGCUCGUGCCCGACACUUCCUCGUACAUCGACUGUCUCCGCCAGCUCUUCCAGGACCGCAAGCCCACACCUUCCCGCUCCGGUCCCGCAACAGGUGUGUUCGUUAGCCCCACCCUUCAUCAAGCCACCCACGCCUUCGUCUGCUGGGACUCUGUACGCACCAGCUUGCAGCCACCCUAUGGCGGCCCCCACAGGGUCAUCUCGCGAGCCGGGAAGUUUUUCCGCCUCGAUCUUCCGCAGGGACCCGACACUGUGGCCAUCGACAGGCUCAAGCCCGCACUCCUGGAGUCGGCACCACUGGUAUCGCCCGAACCGCCCUCCCUACGUCCGCGCUCACUUCCUGUCUCCGGCCUUUCUCCCCCUUCACGUCGGACGGGUCUUGAUGGCAUCCCUCGGACGUCCAUGGUCAUCUUGGGUUACACGAUUCGUAUCUCGCCUUGGUCCACGUACGAAGAAAGAAGGAACCAGAUCUUUGACUGCGUUACAGUUCCAUCGUUCCGAGUAUUAGGGUGA